AUGGCUGAGCAACUCAUUCUCAAGGGCACGCUUGAGGGCCACAAUGGCUGGGUCACCAGCUUGGCCACGUCGAUGGAGAACCCCAACAUGCUCCUCUCCGCCAGCCGAGACAAGACCCUGAUCAUCUGGAACCUCACUCGCGAUGAGACCCAGUACGGAUACCCCAAGCGGUCGCUCCACGGCCACUCUCACAUCGUCUCCGACUGCGUGAUCUCGUCGGACGGCGCCUACGCCCUGUCGGCCUCGUGGGACAAGACUCUCCGCCUGUGGGAGCUGUCGACCGGCACCACCACCCGCCGUUUCGUCGGCCACACCAACGACGUCCUCUCCGUUUCCUUCUCCGCCGACAACCGCCAGAUCGUCUCCGGAUCGCGCGACCGGACCAUCAAGCUGUGGAACACCCUCGGCGACUGCAAGUUCACCAUCUCGGAGAAGGGCCACAGCGAGUGGGUUUCGUGCGUGCGAUUCUCGCCCAACCCGCAAAACCCGGUUAUCGUCUCGUCCGGCUGGGACAAGCUGGUCAAGGUUUGGGAGCUCUCGAGCUGCAAGCUCCAGACCGACCACAUUGGCCACACCGGCUACAUCAACACCGUCACCAUCUCCCCCGACGGUUCCCUCUGCGCAUCUGGUGGCAAGGACGGUACCACGAUGCUCUGGGAUCUUAACGAGAGCAAGCACCUGUACUCCCUGAACGCCAACGACGAGAUCCAUGCUCUCGUCUUCUCCCCCAACCGUUACUGGCUGUGCGCUGCCACCGCCAGCAGCAUCAUCAUCUUCGAUCUCGAGAAGAAGUCCAAGGUUGAUGAGCUGAAGCCCGACUUCCAGAACAUUGGCAAGAAGAGCCGCGAGCCCGAGUGCGUCAGCUUGGCGUGGAGCGCCGAUGGCCAGACGCUGUUUGCCGGCUACACCGACAACAUCAUCCGUGCGUGGGGCGUCAUGUCGCGGGCAUAA